AUGGCGCAAACUGACAAUCAAAUUCUAAAGGCGGAGGUUCCAUGGAAGCGAUUGACCGCCAGCCAAGCACUUUUAUUUUUACUCACCGCCUUGGCUUGGGUUGAUCUGAAACGCAGGACUGAUGAGUGCUUGGAGAACUGUCCAAUCGAUGGGCAAAGAGUUAAACGAGGCUUCAAGGAGACUGUCAUCAACAUGACCAGUAGUGAGGACAAGAAAAACAAGGACUUGUGGGUCCAUUCGUUGAGCAAGAUUCAGGUGGGUCAAGGGUAAUAUAAUUGAUGUUUUGGGUAAAAUUGAUCUGUAAUUCUGGGAAGCUGAACUAUUUCUUGUGAAACAAAACUCACUAGGCGCUUACUUCAAUUUGGUAUAUCCACAUAAAACCAGCGGUUUUUGUAAUACACAUCAAUAUAUUACACUUGGCCAUAGAUAAUAUAAUGGGUGUUUUGAGCGAAUAGCGAGCCUCAAUUAAGGGAAUUUGAACCAUUGGUUGUGAAACGAACCUUAUUAGAUCCUUUUCUUAACAUAGUAUAUCCAUAUAAAGACGAAAUUCUCUGUGACACACACUAAUAUAUUACACUAGGUCAUGGAUGAUAUAAUUGAUGUUUUGGGUAAUAUUGAAUAGUAAUUUUGGAAAGUUGAACCGUUUCUUGUAGAAACCAUUUCACUAGGUAUUUAUUUUUCUUUGUGAUAUUCAUAUCAAACAGACGGUUUUUGUAAUACACAUCAAUAUAUUCCACAUGCCAUCCAUUUCCUUUCAGAUGGACGAUCUGCUCGAAAAAUGCCUAGAAGUCCAUAAGUAUUGCACUGAUGAAAAAGGCAGUGAAAGAGGGCCUCCGGGACCUCCGGGUGAUCCAGGGCCAGUAGGCCCGCCGGGCCAAGCAGGGCCAAUUGGAAGGCCUGGAAUUCAAGGGCUUCCCGGGCCUCCAGGACCAAUCGGACCUCCCGGAAUGGCCGGGUCGGAGGCAGUUUGUGUUGACUGCCCUGUAACUGAGAACUAUGUGAUGAGUGAGAAGUCGUGUCCGAAGGUAAGCAUAGUGAUUUGUAGGGGAAGCCCACUUCAUAGAGACUGCGCUUACCGCAUUUCUGGAUCAAAAAACGAUUUGAUUUGGUCGCGACACAAUUUAUUUUCUGAAUGAUACCAAACAGUCGAUUUUCGCUUUUCCUAGAACAAAAUGCGACCCAUACUGUGAUUAUUCAAAGACUGCAUAUUUCAGACCGAAGAAAUGAAAUGCCCCAGCAGAAUCACCAUGGAUGGAGAAGGAGGCCCCAAAGGAGUGGAAAAAAUGUUGCCGAGCUUUGUUGAAUACGUAAGUUUUUUUAAGCGAUACAAUCACCUUUGCUGACAACGUAGCGUAAGCGCGCUGAUAGUAAAAAAUGUCAUGUCAAAUUUAGAUGCUAGAAAACGAAACAGAAUCAGACGCGUGCCUCAGGGUUUGCAUGGCCAACUUUACCACCUACCACGACCAAAUGGAUCUGGCAACAAGCACCGAGACGGCGUAUAUUCAAGGCGCAACGGCUCGUAAGUUUUAAUUAACGAGGGAAUGUAGUAAAUACAACUUAGCCAUGGCCAAUUGAUUUGUUUUCAGAUUGCUUCCUGCAAGGAGUUGGCAAGCCAGUCUUUCACGCGCAUGCGAACACCUUCUAUGGCUCAUGGAUGAGGGAUGCGUAUCCGAAGACCGGAGAGGUAAGACAAGUCAAGAUUGCGGCUUUAAAGCCUAGCUCAAUGUGCGACUAACUCGUAUACCAAGAAAUCAGUCGACAACGAAAAAUUUACGAGAUCAAAAGCAUCAGUUUUUUGCGACAAUGAGAUUUCGUCGCUGUCGGCAUUGCGAAAAGAUUUAGGUAGGUGCGAAACGGCGACAUCACUCUCCAGUUUUUUCGCGCGAGAUAACAUUUUUUACCCCGUUCAACAGAAUGAACUUCGCGCUGCUCGAAAGUUGCGAAAGUUGUGGUGUUUGCGCGGCGAUGCACUGUACGAACACGUCAAUAAUUUUUGGUCCAUCUUUUUUUUAAUAAUGAACACAAUGUCUCUGCGCUAUGCAUUGCAACGUUGCAGCGCAAUAAAGUGAAAAUUAAUUUGAUUUUGCCGCGACAGUUCAUAUUGUCGGCGAUGCGAUUUUCGAUGCGACAGAGCGCUCAUUAUUUUCUCGACAGACUGAUAGUCCAAUUCAUUUUACAGAAGCUUUACUGCGGGCAAAAAUUACCGUUUGCUGUCAAAUUAUGUGUCUCUUCUACUGUAAAAUUCAAAAAAAAAAAUCUUUCCAGGACUCUCAGAAGCGCUGGCUGACCAACCACUUCGAAGGCGAUGCUCUUUACGAGUUCCGGAACGAAGCCGAAAUGCGAAGACAGAACGUACUCAAAAAGUAGGCGCCAAAACUUGUAUUAUCAUUGCUUAGAUACAAACUGCCUCAUCUCUUCAAAGGCACUAACAAUGUCUUCUUCAAUGGCUCCUUUUAUUAUCAUCGAGCCGGAACACCCAAGAUCGCCAAGUACGAGCUGGGUACACAGAAUUAUGAAGAGGUCAUUGUUCACAACAAGGCCGCGCAUAAGGGAGAAAACGUGAGUAGAAAGGGGUAAAAUACGACUUGCUUUUCAAAGUAAAUAAAAAGUUGCACCUACAUAUAGCGUCCUGAAGUGAAAGGCAAUUUGAUUUUACCGCGACACAAUUCAUUUUCUCGGCGGCGAUGCGAUUUGCGAUGCAACAGAGUGCUCAUUAUUUUCCCGACAGACUUAUGUGAGGCUGCUUCUGUAUACCGUACCGCAAUGGUCAAAAAUAUUUUCUUUGCAUCAGAACUUGCUCUUCGCUGCAAGAAUUCACUAAAAAAAAUUUCUUUCUCUUUUUCCAUUCUCCAUGUUUUUCGUACUCUCUGGGCCGCUAAGAUCGUUGAAUAUAUCGGCUGCGCAUGGAAAAGCACGAGCUGAAAUUUUCAGGAAUUUGUGCGCGGCCUGUACCCGGCCUGUGUGCAAAAUUUAAAGAAAAAUCUGAGCGUCGCACCUGUAACCCUCCCUUGUGUAAAAAGGCGAUUUUCCAUAUUUUAUACUACCGUGAGUAGUCUCUGCUCGGGAUCGACGGUCCAAUAGCUGCACCUGCAAGGCGAAUACAGUCCCAUUUUUAAAAAAAAAGACUCCCUUUCCAAAUUAAACCGUUUUUAGUACCUCUUCAACCACUCCAUGAACUACUUUGACAUGGCUGUUGACGAAAACGCCUUGUGGGUAAUGUUCCACUACGAAGAUGAGGACUUUGUGGCGGUCACGAAAAUGGACAUCAACAAUCUGACCGUCUAUGAGACCUUCAACUUGACUAUGAUCAAUCAUACCGAUAUGGCCAAUGGAUUCGUCGUCUGUGGCGUUUUAUACGUGGUAAGUUGAUCAUAUAAAAAUUUUCUAAAAGACCAAAACAGCUUUGAUUUUUCGCAGAAAAAAUUUCGAUAUUUUUUAUUUUUAAAAUUUUUUUUUGAUAUUUUUUGAAUCUUUUUUUGGCAACAAAUUUUUUACUUUUUUACGAUUUUUCCUCAAAAAAAUCUUUCCCAAAAUCUUAAAAAUCAAAUUUUUUCAGGUUCAAAGUUCAAGCGAUUUGAAGUCCGAAAUCUCGAUUGCUUAUGAUUUUUACCGCGAAAGAUAUCAACAGCCCAACAUCCAUUGGGUCAAUCUGUAUCGGAAUGCCAACAUGAUGUCGUACAAUCCGUUCGACAAGAGGAUAUACAUCUAUGACCACGGCUAUUUGCUGACCGUCCCAGUGAGGAUAACUUGGAGGGCAAAAUAA